UUGCAAUUUGGUAUUUUUGUUUCAGUACUUUUUAUCGCUGUGUUAUACACAUCCAGAUAAAAUGAAAAUUAUUUUUUUAAUUGUCAUCGUCAGCAGCAAUAUUCAGAGUUUCGUUGCUGAAUGGGAUCGACUGAUUGUGUACGAAGGAGGUGGUAUUUUAAUGGACAAUACAACCACUGGUUUCAGCUCCGUCAAACAACGAGCCGAAUCCAUAUUCUGCGGAACCGGACAAAGUCAAGGUUGUUUGCUAAACGAUAAAUGUUGUAAAUGUGCGACUGGAUCCUGUGAUACAGACAAAAUUGCUGAAGACUUGACGGUAAUGUUGGAAAAACUUUCAACAUCAUCAGCAGCUCAUGUAGGUCAGGUAGCCGCCACUCUACACGAUUCAACUGUCGAUAUUCGAGAUUUCUUCACGAAAACCAAUCAAACACUGUCUCGAGAUAAGUUACAAAGGCACAUCGUGACGACAUUCAAAUCGAUCGUCAAAAUUCCUUUCCUUUCCUCGAUUGACGAUGUUACCAAUCGCAUUGUAGACACACUACAUCUGAUAAAAACGGAUUUGAAAGACAUAACUGAAGCCGCUAACAUUGAAACUAAAAAUUCAGCAGCUAGGGACUUAGGGCAACACGUCAUCAUACUUGCUGAUAUCACCUCUAAACUAGCGAAAGUUAUAUCGGGCGUAUGCAAUUUACAGGACUCACUACUAGAAGAAACUUACACGGUCAUACUGGUCACAACCGUCGCUUUUUUCUUCGUCGGACAGACUUUGAUGAUUAAUGCAAAGCAAGUGAAUAAAGUCGGAUUCAGAAACGACACCGCAUCAGAUAUUUGCAUGCAUGUGUCGUUGGCUCUUCAGCAGUACGUUCUUGUUAUUCAACUCUUAUCUGAAUGUCCGAACAUUGAAUCUCUAAAAGAACGUCUACCUGGAGUCCAAUCGUCAUUGUGCAAAAUUAGUGAUGAGCUUAGAGGUGGCAUCAUUUCAGCAAUUGGAGAGGGAUACAAUGCGAAGUCACAAUCAUUAUUUGGAAUCGUUGAUGACAUAACGGAUUGUGUUAGGGACAACAAACUUCUGCAGGAAUCGGAAUCAGCCAUCAAUGAAACUAUUGUCUCGUUGUUUGAUGUUUCCGACGCAAUACUAGCUGGAAGAUUAAGUUGUUUCUGCAUUAAUGCAUUCGAUAAGACCGUGUCGAUUCAGCUGCGAAACGUCCUAGUUCAUCUUCAUGCAGUUUUCUUUUUCAUUGCAAAUAUUCCCGACGACUCCUUCUCUAGUGGCGACAAAUUGGGAAUGUUACUCGCAACUAUGAAUGCCAUUGUAGACAAAAUAAUGUGUGGAAUUGCUGGCGUCAUGCAAUCAAUUUUGAGCCUGGGCGAUAUAACUGAAGGCGGUUCGAGCCUGAUACACGUUUUCGAAGCGGUUGUAACCGUUGCGAUCAGUGUAGUGUCCAGUGUAGCUUUGAUAUUUACCGAAUUAAAAGAUGGAUCGCAUUCGGUUGAUUUAUCGAAAUCAAUGCCGCAUAUCAUGCUCAUUACAAAGUAUCAAAUAGUUGCGGCCGGGGACAGAAUAAAGCAGAUCUCGGAAGAUUGUGGUAAAGAUCACGAUAAGUAUCAAAUAGAUACUUUCAUCGACAUGUCGUUAAUGAUCCAAUCGUAUAACGAAUUUAAAAAUGACGUUGCCGAUGCGGUUGCUAAAUUCCAUUGCAGUGAAGGUAAAACGGCCACUGGUGUUGGCGAUGUUAACUCAAAAAACGUUGAUGGAUUUAUUGGGAAAAUUAAGGCUUCGACCCAGAGAUUUUCUCAACGCUCUGGUUUUGGUCAGGCGACUGCUGUAGCUGUUAACGACAUUCUAGGCGAAGUAUAUGAUACAUUGAAUCGACUGUCUACAAUAUCGUUGGGAAAAGGAAAUGUACUAAAGUUGGUUUGCCUGACAAUAAGCAACUACUAUUUUGCAUUUGUAACCCUGAACAGUAUCUUCAAUAGUUCCCGAUAUGGUACGAACGCUUCUGUUUUUUAAAUUCUUAGAAAAAAUAUAUUUUUUUUUGGAUC